CAAAACAACGAAACCAAAAAUUUGACUGAAUGCCAGUCAACUAAAUAAGCUAGUGAUUAAAACUGACUAAGAAGCCGACUAAUAUAAAGUCCAGAGUUGAUGAAUUGAUGGCGGAGGUGCACAUAAUCGGGCAGAUAUUGAAAGCAGUUGACUUCGCCGAGCCGCAUCUGUACUGCAAGUGGAGUUUGCAGAGCGGAAACGCCUGGCGCCUGGUUCAGGGCGAGGUUCAGGGUCAGAGCCACGUGGCGUCCCACCGGCUCCAGAGCAGCUCGGAUUUCGCCCAGCCGCUGGACAUUCAUUUGAGCACCGCAUCCGUCCAGGGCUGGCCCCGCUUGCUGGUGGAAGUUUACGCCGUGAACGUACUGCAACAGUCCUGGCCCGUUGGCUACGGCUUUGUGCACGUGCCGUCCACACCCGGCACCCAUCGCCUGGAGAUCGGCACCUGGAAGGUGGCUCCCAACGGACUGUGGCAGUCGCUGCGUGAGCGUUUCGGGGGCGGAGGAGCGGCCCUUAGCAAGACGGAUCUGCUCUACUCGGGUGUUGAGCGUUACAAGUUACAAACUCUGAGUUCUGGAAAGGUCAUUGUUGAGCUGAACCUAAUCUUUAGAAAGUUCGACGAAUACGGCGUGGAGUUCAAGUAGCCAUGAAAGAAGUGCUGCUACUAGC